ACGAGGUUCGCAUCGAAGAAACAUCCGGUUUGAACGAAUAAUUUUGGGUUUCUCUCUACGAACAGCAUCGAUCGACGAGCGAUUUGUGCGCCUUUUUACUUUUAGUUCGUUUCAUUUUCUAUCACACGAAUCGAAACGAAUCGAAAGUGUUUAACGAAUUCGCUCGAACAGCAUCAAGCAUCAUAGUAAAGUUUGCAAGAAUACAGCACCGUUCUUUUGCCCGUGAUGGCAUCCGUGCUGGGCUCUGUCCAACGCUAUCUGCACAUCGGAAACGAUGUGCCGCUCUUCUUCGACACCACCCGACCCGUGGAUAUGGAGCUGGGAAAGAGGGUGCUAGCUCCGGCAGUUCAUCUACCACCGCCACCGGGCGCUUCGCCGACACCAGCGAUGGUAAACGGAGCUUCAUCAUCCGCGCCCGCAACGAAAAACGUGCCAAAAUCGAAACCGAAAUCCCAGAAAUCCAAAAAAGCAGUACCGGCCACCGCACCAGCAAAAGCACCAGCCACAACGUUGCCUCCGGUGGUUGCUGUGAUCAAAAGGACCAUCAAAAACAAAUCCCUGCGGCGGUUGGACGAGUGCUUGUUUGCCCUGGCGUACUGUGGCCGAGAGCUGCCGACCGGUGAGGAGCGUCACUGUGUGUUCGAGGCCCUGCCAGAACUGCUGAGCGGUCCGCGGGAACUGUUCGCCUUUCUUAGCUUCUACACCCGUUUGGCGACGGAGGCAGGGUACGCCGGGUUCGGACAUGGAUUGCGUCGUGCCAUCACACGCUGGUAUGAUAAGCAUUCCGCGCUGGAACUGGCGGAAAUGAUUGCAUUGAGCAAUGGGGCCUUCGGCUGGACACAUGCCGAUGUCAUUCGAAAGACCCAUCUCAAACUCGAAUGUCCGAUCAAGCGUUCGAUCAUCGACGUUACCACGAAGCGUGCAAGCCAACGACCGUCGCUUCCGACGCAAAAGCAGACAAGUGAUGGAGAGGCCUCCAUGGAUGCGGCAUUGGUUCGCUAUCUUCAGCUCAUGGCAAUAAGCUCAGCAUCAACGGUGGAUGAAGCAGAGGAACUUAUUAAACGCCAUGGGCCGAUUACAUACAAUCAGCUACCGCUUACAUAUCGCCGCUGGUACACUGUGUGGAUGGCGCUGUUUCCGCAUCUUACCCAUCGCGAGCUGCUGGAUGCCAUGUUGCCGAUGCAAGAUUUCAAUGUGCUAUACAUCGAAGAAGUCUACACAGCGUACGUGGGCACUCUCGCCAAACGCCGCAAAGCCGUCGAGCAGGAGCAGAUACAUCCGAUUGUAGUACAUGGUAUCAAGACACUGUAUGAAAAGGGGAAAAGGUAUCCGCUCCUGGUCAAGGAGCGAGAGCAACACGCACAUCUCUUGGAACGUGAACCAGAGACCGUCGUCAAAACGGCUCUCCGAGACACCUUGGAGCAUUCAUUUUCGCAUCACCCUAAAACCGGUGCAUGGUACUAUAUAACGCUCGAUCUACGCAGUGCUCACCAGAAAAAACACGUGCUGCGAAACUCUGAGGUCACAUGCUUCGAGGCUAGUGUUCUCCUAGCAUUUUCGAUUUACAAACGAGAAAAGCAUGUGACGGUGGAAAUGUUUUCCGAUGACAAGCAGAAGUUGUAUCCAGUCAAUUUCCGCAAGGAAAUGAGUUGGUCCGAGGCGCUGGAUCACUGCAGGCUGUUGCCAGAAACGACCGGUACGAAGCUUUUGUCAAAAACGAAAGUAUCUCUUAGUGCUCCGAUUGCUAAGGCCCAGGCUAAGAAGCAGAAGGUUGAUGUAUUCAUUACGAUUACCGACUCCCUAAUUCGGGUCAACCCAACUCGCAUCCCCCCGUGGCGUGCGAUGCGCGAUUAUCGUAAAGCGAUGAAUCUGAAUUUGUCCAGGUACAUUUGCGUCUCUCUAAGCCAGCACAAACCAUCACUGACGUUCGAUGAAAAUGCUAUGAAAGUAGGUGGUAUUCUCGAGGUGAUUGGCUACUCUGAAAGUACUGCUAAGGUUAUUGAAGCAUUUGCUAAAAAUCUCUUUUUCUAAAUUGGACGUAAAGGUACGUAUGAGCAAUCAUCGUAUGGUCCACAAUUUAAUUUUAAUCAUUGUAAGGGAAAUUCAAUCGGCUCUUGUACGUAGUUGUACAUCACAGAACGAGAAUUACACAUGAACUCCACAUACAUACAAAUACGUUGAAAAUGGAAGUAACAGAAUAGAGGAUUUCGUUAGAAUCCGUUAGAGAAGUAGUUUCAGUUUUUGUGCUUCUGAUCGCGUAUUGGAUAUUUCCGUGCCUUUAAAAUAUUUGUUUUAUCCAAAAGAAGAUACAGAAGACCACAUAGUUUCAUGCAUAUCCACGUAAUAUUUGAAAACAAUGAAUCUAUAGUUGUGAUACUCAAAUCUCUCCAUCCAAUGGACACACGAACAUUCGACAGGCACAGACCAAUUUGUAGUAAGCGGUUAGAAAUCAUUGCAAGUAAUCAAGAAUUUUAGUAUCAUUUAGUGAGAAACUUACUUCACACCCAUACUAUUUUCUCGGCUCCAGCAAGAGAAUCUUUGCUUCAAGUUUGAAUAUCACCAAUUUUCGUUCAAAUGGCACUCUUUUGUUUGAAGAAAGUUGAACUCAACAAAGUAUUUCGAAUAAUAUACGAUAUAUUCCUA